AAACUUUUCCGUUAAAAGCAUUUCUGGAAAAUCAUGCCAGUCUAGACAUAGCCCAUGUGCAGCCCCAGGGCCUGUUGGGGAGUCCUCCUGGGAGGCCCCAUGCUCCCUGCAGCACCUUUACCUUUGAAAAGUAAUAACAGCCAAUGAAUCUAAAUGUAACAUCUCUCCCCUACUUGACACACAAACCAAUGGAAAAUUCUUCAGCUCAUAAUGAGAGAGACCCAGAUGCCAGGUAAGAAUAAUGCUGCCUGAGAGCUUAUUUGUUUGCAUCUUUUGAGAGGUGAUGCUGCCAUUCUGUCGAUAAAGUGUUAACAUUUGGAAUCCCAGUGCCUGCUGACAUGCAUUGUGGUCUGACUUGCUAGUGACCUAUUCCCCCUUCAUUCCCUGCACCUGUGAAAACUCAGAUUGGUAGCAAGGGCACAGAAAUGCUCAUUUUCGUGCCAUUGUGAAAAGUUAACUCAAGGGUUACUGAAAAAAAUGUUUCAAUCUAUCAGUGUUGAUACCCAUACUUAUAUAUAUAUCGAUGAAUCUUGCCUGGCCUGGUUGUCCCUGCAUGACCACAGAUUAUGCCCCCAGGGAUUUUUUUUGUUUUGUUUUUAAUUUUGUUUUGUUUUUUGUCAUCAGUGUUGGUGCAUCACGCACACACCCUCCAGACCUUCCCCCACAUUGCUGAGCUCAGGAUAUUGAAACUACCCCUGUUCCCCAGCCCAGAAGCAGCCAUGGCUGCAGAGAGUCCGGUGGAAAGUCUCUGGGAGGAAGCGCCACAUCCCAUCUGUCUGGAGGAUUUCACAGUCCCUGUCACUCUAGAGUGUGGGUACAAUUUCUGCCAGGCCCCCCUCAGCUGUUGGUGCAGAGAUACUGAGCAACAGAGACGCCUCCGGCCCAACCGGCAGCUAACAACCAUGGUAGAAUUAGCCAAGCCGCUGAGUUUCCAGGCAGCAAAGAGAGCAAGAUGGGACAGGCUAUGUGGAGAGCACCAGGAGGCUCUGAAGCUGUUCUCUGAAGAGGAUCAAACUCCCAUCUGUGUGGGGUGUGACAGAUCCCAGGAUCAAACAGUAGCGCCUAUCCAGGAAGAUGCCCAGGAGUACAAGGAAAAAUUGGAGGUGCAUUUGAAGACUCUGAGGGAAGAGAGAGAAAAGCUGCUGAGAUGGAAAGAGACAGCAGAAGGGAAAAGCCAGGAAUGUCUGAAAUGGACCCAAGUGGAGAGGCAGAUGAUUGUGGCUGAGUUUCAGAAGCUGAGGCAGUUCCUGGAGGAAAAAGAGCGACUCCUGCUGGCUCAGCUGGAGAAGCUGGAUGAGGAGAUUGGGAGGCUCCAGAUUGACACUGUCAGGAAACUCUCCAUGCAGAUUUCCCAUCUCAGUGAGUGGAUCAGUGAGCUGGAGGGGACGUGUCAGAAGCCAGCAAGUGAAUUCCUGCAGGACGUCAGAAGCACCCUGAGUAGGUGUGAGACGGGGCAAUUCCAGCUGCCAGAGGAGAUUUCCCCUGAACUGGAAGAACAAGUCAGAGAUUUCUCCCAGAAAACAAUUGCACUGUCGGAGACUCUGAGAGAGUUCAAAGGCACUCUGCCUUCUGCACUGGAGAGAGCAAAAAGAAAAUCUCUGGGAGCUUUCAGACAGGACUGCAGGACACACAUGUCUGUCUCCAGCUCAGCCCCUGUCUUGCAGAGCCAGGGACACAAAAUGGCUGUGAUGGAGCCGGUGAGCUUCGAGGAGGUGGCUGUGUAUUUCUCUGAGGAGGAAUGGGCUCUGCUGGGCCCUCGCCAGAGAGCGCUCUACAGGGAUGUGAUGCAGGAGAAUAAUGAGGCUGUGAACUGGCUGAGAUUCUCCAUUCUCAAACCUGACUUGGUUGCCCAGCUGGAACGAGGGGAAGAGCCGUGGGUCUCAGAUUUCCAGUCCUCGAAAGAAAUGGAAAUCCUGAGAGUCACCCGCACAGCAGGUGAUAGGACAGAGAGGGAGAAAAAGGAGGAAAAUCAACCGCAUGAAGGUUCUGGCACCGUAGAAUCACAGGACUUUUCCCAAUAUGUAGAACAAUGGGAAGCCUGGGGAAAUCAACAGAGGGCAGAGAGGCAUCUGAAAAACAAUUCAAGUAGGAAAGUGGAGAAAUCCAGUGAAUGUGGGAGAGGAUCUAGUGAUCCCAAGGAAACACCAGCCCAGCAGGCAAAUCACAAUGGAAAGAAACCCUGUGAAUGCUCAGACUAUGGGAAAAGAUUGAAUGAGGAGUCAGGCCUUAUUCUGCCCCAGAGAGGGCACACAGGAGAGAGACUCUGCAAAUGCCUGGAGUGUGGAGAAAGUUUGAUUGAUCUGUCAUCCCCUAUUGAACCUGAGGUUACCCCCAUGGGAGAGAAAUCCCAUAAAUGCUCUGAGUGUGGGAAAAGUUUCACUUUCAGAUCACACCUUAGUAGCCAUCAGAAAACCCACAUUGGAGAGAGACCAUAUAGAUGCUUGCAAUGUGGGAAAAGCUUCAAACAGAAGUCAAGCCUUAUUGUACAUCAGAGAAUCCACACAGGGGAGAGACCAUAUAAAUGCCCUGAGUGUGGAAAAGAUUUCACUGAACGAUCAACCCUCAGUAGGCAUGAGAGAACCCACACAGGAGAGAGACCAUAUAAGUGUUUCCAUUGUGGGAAAAGUUUCCGAUUCAGUUCAAACCUUUUUAUCCAUCAGAGAGUGCACACGGGAGAGAGGCCGUAUAAAUGCCAGGAGUGUGGGAAAGCUUUCGCUGUACACGCGUACCUCCUUAACCACAAGAGAACACACACAGGAGAGAGACCAUAUAAAUGCCACGAGUGUGGGAAAGGAUUCACUGAACGAUCAGCUCACUAUAGACAUGAGAGAACCCACAUCAGAGUGAGACCAUAUAAAUGCCAGGAGUGUGGGAAAUGUUUCCUUUCCCAAUCAGAUCUUAUUAAACAUGAGAGAACACAUACGGGAGAGUCACCAUAUAAGUGCCAUGAGUGUGGGAAAGGUUUCACUAUACAAUCAGCCCUCAGUAGACAUGAGAGAACCCACACGGGCGAGAGACCAUAUAAAUGCCACGAAUGUGGGAAAAGUUUCGCUGAACAAUCAGCUCUCAUUAGACAUGAGAGAACCCACACAGGGGAGAGACCAUAUAAAUGCCAUGAGUGUGGGAAAGGUUUCACUGUACGAUCAGACCUCAUUAGACAUGAAAGAACCCACACAGGAGAGAGACCAUAUAAGUGCUUCCAUUGUGGGAAAAGCUUCAGUGUGAGUUCAUACCUUUUUGUCCAUCAGGGUGUGCACACGGGAGAGAGGCCGUAUAAAUGCAAUGAGUGUGGAAAAGAUUUCACUUUUCAAUCAGCCCUGAGUAAACAUCAGCAAACCCACACUGGAGAGAGGCCAUAUAGAUGCUUGGAAUGCGGGAAAAGCUUCAGUCAGAGUUCAUACCUUUUUAUACAUGAGAGAAUCCAUACAGGGGAGAGACCAUAUAAAUGUCAUGAGUGUGGGAAAAGUUUCACUUGGCAUUCAGAGCUCAUUAGACACGAGAGAACCCACACGGGAGAGAAACCAUACAAGUGCUCUGACUGUGAGGAAAGCUUCAGUCAGAGCUCAAACCUUACUGUCCAUCAGAGACUGCACACAGGCGAGAGACCACAUAAAUGCCAUGAAUGUGGGAAAGGUUUCACCAAGCGAUCAGUCCUUACUGUCCAUGAGAGAACCCACACGAAAGAAAAACCAUAUAAAUGCCAUGAAUGUGGGAAAGGUUUCACCAAGCGAUCAGUCCUUACUGUCCAUGAGAGAACCCACACAGGAGAGAAACCAUAUAAAUGCUAUGCAUGUGGGAAAUGUUUCACUAGUCAAACAGUCCUCAUGAGACAUGAGAGAACCCACACAGGAGAGAGGCCGUAUAAAUGCUGUAAAUGUGGGAAAGAUUUCACUUGGCAAUCUGCCCUCAUUGGACAUGAGAGAACACAUGGGAAAGAGAAGCCAUAUAAGUGCUUGGAUUGUGGGGCAAGCUUCAGUCAGACUUCACACCUUAUUAUCCAUCAGAAACUGCACAUAAGAGAGCCUGUAUAAAUGCAAUGUGUGUGGGGAAAGCUUUCGGCUCACCUUAUACCUGACUAGACAUCAGAGCAUCCACACAGGUUUUGCAUCAGCAAAUUCCUCAGGGAAGAACCCUCUGGCCCGUAUGCAGGGAGGGAGAGAAGGCUGCAAAAGAACCCCCCUACAGUCCCGCAAAUAAGUAUACUGCAGCCAGUCAAGGGAAAGCAGGGGAGGUGCACUGCCUGAGCCUUCCUCCCCCAUGUUCUGGUGGACUGGGGGAAGGCUGAAGCUGAUUUCCCCAUUUACUUGGAGGACCAUGGAGGGAGGAGGAUCUCCAGUUUGCUGCUAUACCACUCCUGCACCACAUACCUAUCCCAAAUCCCCUCAUAUACAACCGACUCCUGAAUCCCCUCAUCGCCAGCGCCCAUCAUCAAAUUGGCAGAAAACACCCUGAAUACAUGCAUGAAACUGGAUUUGACUAGUUAUGAUGUAAACUUCAAAGAAAUGUGUGAAAAGAUGCAGAAAUCCCAUUAAAUAGUCUGUGAGUGUGUUUCAUUUAUGCUAUUAA